UGACCUUAAGAAUCAUUUUCAUGAAGUUCAAAAUCUUAGAAGGGAUUUGGGAUCAAUGCGACAGAUCUAUAACGAAUUUCAGGGUGAAACAAAAAAAUUGUUCGAAUCUUUGUCUACUCAAACCGAGUCUGUUAAACAAGUUGCUUUGAAGAAUGUUGGGUCUUCACGUUCAUUCAUUGAUAGUGGCAAAGCAAAAUUGGACUCUCGAUCAACGGAUCUACUUGGUAAAGUUGACGAGCUCCAGGACAUUAUAGAUAGGAUGAAAUCAGACGUUGUAAAGAGGGGUGCUAAGCCACCACCCACGGAAAUUCAACAUGUUAAACAAGAAUCAACAGCUGUUGCUAAAGAGCUUUCUGCUUUGCAAGAAUAUGUAAAAACUGUCAAGCCAACAUGGAAGCAAACAUGGAAGCAAGAGUUGCAAAUGAUUGUUGAUGAACAGCAAUUUUUAAAUCAUCAAGAAGAGCUUUUAGAGGAUUUACAAGAAGAUCACAAAAAAUUAACUGAAGUUUUCAAUACUAUUCUUAAAGUAAUUAAGUCCCCUGGUCAAACAAAAGUAUUUGUACCUCCUACAGCGGAAGAAGGUUUUGAAGGUUUAAAAACUGUUCUACAGGAAGUUCGGGGGAUUGCACCUGAUCAUGAGCGGCGAUUAAAAGCUUUACAGGCAGCUGAAAAGCAGCGCGAACGUGAUUUAGCCAAUCGUAUUGACGAAUUUGAGGCUGAAUUAACAGAUUUUGUUGGUCAAAAUAAGUUAAAAAAGACUGGUGGUGCACAAGAGGUAGAAAGACUACGUCAAAAGAAAAAUGAAGAAGCAUUAAAAGAGCUUUACAAGACUGAAAAAAAUGAAUCAUCUUGA